GAGGGGGCGUAUCUCUAAUUGGAGCGACUACCUUUUCUCCGGAUGUUCGGUUUUGUUUCCUCCUUCAGCCUAUUUCUCGGACCCGCUCCUUUUUGAGAGAUUCCCUUCCUCCUUUGCCCCCUUUUCGGGCCACAUCAGGCGGGAGGCUUCCAGAAAGUCGACAAGUCAUCUUUAGGUCUUUGAAUUCUACAGGGAACAUUUGGGCAAACGUUUCACUUAUGAAUUUUCCUUGUUCCAUUGGUCCAGCUUGCAGUGAGAUUAUGCCCCCCAAACCAGAAAUUAGAGAAGGCAGAAGACAUUCGCACAGAGAGAGAGGAGAGCUGGAUCGGGGAGACCUGCAUCCACACAUAUAGCUGCAGAACCUGGAAACCUGUGAGCCCCUGCCCUUCAUUGAGAGGAAGCCCAGGUGAUGGCUGUCAUGCCCCUGAGAGCCUGGCACCAGGAGGUGGUGACCUUUGAGGACGUGGCUGUAUACUUCACCCAGACAGAAUGGGCUGGCCUUUCUCCUGCACAGAGGGCCCUGUACAGAAGUGUGAUGCUGGAGAUUUAUGGGAACUUGACAUCUCUGGGAUACCCAGUUCCCAAACCUGCAUUGGUCUCACUUCUGGAGAGAGGGGAUUUGCCUUGGGGCCUGGAGACACGGGAUGAUCCCCCUGCACAGGGGACCAAAGACAUCUGUAAAAAUGCCAGCACCAACAUUGACCAUGAGUUAACACCAACAUGGGGAGUUUCUGAAGAAAGAGACAUGAUGAUGCCACAUGGGCCACAGAAGAAUGUUCUUAAGAGAAACGGCUUCCUAGAAACAUGUGAACUGGAGAAGCAGCAGGAAAUCCCCACAGUGAAAAAUAUUAGAGGAAAGGUUCCAAGAAUCCACUAUGAUAGGAAACCCUUCAGAUGUGAGGAGUGUGGGAAAUGCUUCAGCUAUUUUUCUUACUAUGUUAGACACCAGAGAAUCCACACUGGGGAGAAACCCUUUGAGUGUAAUGAGUGUGGAAAAGCCUUUAAUGGCAAUUCUUCAUUAAUUCGACAUCAGAGAAUCCACACUGGAGAGAAACCCUAUCAGUGUGAAGAGUGUGGGAGAGCCUUUAAUGAUAACGCAAAUCUGAUCAGGCAUCAGAGAAUCCACAGUGGGGACAGACCCUAUCUCUGCAAGGAGUGUGGAAAUGGUUUCACCAGUAGUUCUGAGUUUGUUAUACACCAGAGAAUUCACACUGGGGAGAAACCCUAUGAGUGUAAUGAGUGUGGAAAAGCUUUUGUUGGUAAUUCACCACUGCUGCGACAUCAGAAAAUCCACACUGGAGAGAAACCUUAUGAGUGUAAUGAGUGUGGCAAAAGCUUCAGACGGACUUCUCAUCUUAGUCAGCAUCAGCGUAUUCACACAGGGGAAAAGCCUUAUUCUUGUAAAAUAUGUGGGCAAGCCUUCAAUUUUCAUACAAAACUAACUCGGCACCAGCGAGUCCACAGUGAGGUGAAACCCUUUGACUGUGUAGAUUGUGGAAAAGCCUUUAGUGCUCAGGAUCAAUUAAAAAGGCAUCUAAGAAUCCAUAUCCAGGAGACUUCCUAUGUGUGUGAUGAGUGUGGAAUAGUCUUUACUAGCAAAAGAAAUCUGCUUCAGCAUCAAAGAGUCCAUACUAGAGAGAAACCCUGUGAAUGUGUCAAGUAUGAAAAAACCUUUAGGACUUCUUCCCAGCUAGAUCAUAUCCACCCUGGAGAGAAGCCAGUGCUGGAUGUUGGAUGUUUUGGCCUCCCAGAAUUUUUUACCCCCUUUUACUGGUAAUAGUACACUAAAUUUCCUUUUGGAUUCCAUCAUCCACUCAGGGGUAGAAUUUGUGACACAGGCCCAGCUCAGCUGCAGAUUCCUUCCCUCAGUCUAUAGCUGUUGGUUCAGAUGUCAGUAGAUAACCCAAGAUAGUCCAGUUAGAAUCCCAGACUUGGCAAGAGUUAAUAACCUUGUAAAUGGUGAGUGUGGCCCUGGCACAACAACCAGAUGGUAGACUGUGGCCUGGCAAUCCUUUCACCUUCCAGUUGUUAACAAACUUUUGACAGUCCUACUCAUUAAGAUCUUAAUCAUUCAUACUCGUUAUGCAGCUGGGCCUCCUAAUGGGCAGUUUCACAGUGGCUGAAUGGUAUUGGAGAGCCAUGUGUACCCAUGUGGACUUUGGAAAGCCUGCCAAUUAUGAAUUCCAUGGUAUUGAAUAAUCCUCAAACCUCCCAGUACUUCACUGAACAAGAAUUUUCUACCACCCUUAGCAUAUGGUGUCUCCUCUUUGUCAUGGAGAGAGGAGACUGGAAAAAUGAGCAAUGUUUGUUCUUUGGGAGUGGUUGAUUAAUGUGGCUGCGGGGCAGGCAUGAAUCCUGGGCUACCACCCCCCAGGAACAAGAGUGAGGUCUGCGUGCCUUCCUAGGGCACAUGAGCUAUUCUGGGCCAGUCUCUGAGAUGCAAGGACCCAAUGCCCAAGGCAGGAGCCUCAAGUUUACCAUCAUCAUCAACCUUGCUUUUCAGCAAAUGGAAAAACUUCUUGCUGUCAUGAAAGGAUAGCAAGAACGUUAGAUGGGUGGCUGCAGCCCCUGACCCUAAGUGAAUCCCUUUCUACCUUGUGCUUCAGAUUCUGUGCUAUGCAGUGGGUGGCCAGUGAUAGGGAAUCUGCUGCUUUCACCGAGCCAGCAUCUAUCCUCAUGUCCAAGUGCAGCACCUCAGCUUUCCUUUGGGAGCUACAUCUUAACCUGCUUCCAGGCCAAAUAGUUUCAGAGGGCUGACCCCACAUUCCACCCACCUAGCCGAUCCCAUUUUCCAUCCUCAGAUUGCUGUGAUCAGUGCAAGGAUGAGAAUGUUAUCCAAGCCAGGCCAAAGGCAUUCCAAGCCAUGAGUUUUCAAGGAAGCCUGCUGAAGGAGAAACCAUUCCCAGUAUGGACUUUGAGCUUGUGUCAUCUUGGAGUUGCUGGAUGCCAUGAGAGAAACUGUGCCUGUGAAUGGGACCAUAAGGCACUCAGCAGGC